AUGACUCAAAAAUCACUCGCUCAGCUAUUCAACCACGAUCGAUACCAGAAAUUUACAGGCACAAACAACAACCAGACCAUGGCAAUGCAAAUACGCGAAACAUUAUCCGACAGCUGUACCGCACUCAUUGCCGAGCCUACCAUUUCCUGUCGUUUACAUUAA